AUGGCCUCGACGACAACAGCGACAGCACUUCGUGCUGCGAAGCGGCAGCUGCGCAAGUCCAUGACGCAAACCCUCGCAGCCAUGCGUCCGGACGAGAUCGCCAAGCAGUCGCGAAAGGUGACCGAGCAGGUGCUCAAGUCGCAAACCUAUGCUCGCGCUCACUCCAUCAGCGUCUACAUUCAUACGGAAGUCGGAGAGGUCAUGACAGAUGAAAUCUGUAGAUCGGUGCUCAAGGAUGGCAAGAAGCUAUACGUGCCUCUAUUCGCAUCACCAGCGCCUCCGGCGGUAGCCACAGGCCCAACCGUCCCAUCGGCGCCGGUGGAAAGCAAGACGGUCUUUGCAACGGAUAUGGUCAUGCUCCGACUACGAGAUGUGGGCGAGUACGAGUCGAUGGCCGCCAAUCGCUGGGGUAUCCGCGAGCCGCCAUUGACGUAUGCCGAUGGGACUCUGCGAGAAGAAGCACUCGACGAGUCCACCGGUGGAGAUGGCCUCGACCUGAUCCUUGCGCCGGGUGUAGCCUUCGAUCAGACGGGUGGUCGAUUGGGUCACGGAAAAGGAUACUACGACCGAUACCUGACAAGAGCCGAAGAGUGGGCCACUGGACGUGGUCUUGCAGCUCCAGUCACCGUGGCAUUGGCACUACGAGAGCAGGUGCUUCCAGCAUCCGAACGCGUUCCCGCCGACGAGCGAGAUCGUGUCCUCGACGCUAUCAUUGCGCCUGACGGCACCAUCCUUCCACCAACACCAUCACGGUGGUCUCCAUGA